GAGGAGAGGGGAGGGGAGGAGAGGAGACGGGAGACCCGGCUACGCAUGCACGCCACCGCGCUCCAUUGGCCGCCCCGUUGCCAUCACCGCGCCCAUCGCUCCAUCCCCCGAUUAAACUACUCCAUAUCGCUAGUAAGCAGAAGCAGAAUCGAUCCAUCACACCAAGCUAGCUAGCCUCCUAGCUCGCUCGCUCGCCCGCACACCCGCGAUCCAUUCUGCUUCUUCCCCUUCCUUCCCACUCCGGAUCAGGUGCAUGACCACCGGCGAGACCUAGCUAGGUAGGUAGGGAGGGAGGGAGGGAUGGAGCAGGGGGAGGAGGACGGGGACUGGAUGAUGGAGCCGGCGUCGGGGAAGAAGGGCGGGGUGAUGAUCGACAGGAAGAAGCGCUUCAGCGAGGAGCAGAUCAAGUCGCUAGAGUCCAUGUUCGCCACGCAGACCAAGCUGGAGCCCCGCCAGAAGCUGCAGCUGGCCCGGGAGCUCGGCCUGCAGCCGCGCCAGGUCGCCAUCUGGUUCCAGAACAAGCGCGCGCGCUGGAAGUCCAAGCAGCUCGAGCGCCAGUACGCCGCGCUUCGGGACGACUACGACGCCCUCCUCUCCAGCUACGACCAGCUCAAGAAGGACAAGCAAGCGCUCGUCAACCAGCUGGAGAAGCUAGCAGAGAUGCUGCGGGAGCCGGGCGGGGCCAAGUGCGGAGAUAAUGCCGGCGCUGCUGACAGGGACGACGUGCGCCUGGCCGUGGCCGGCAUGAGCAUGAAGGACGAGUUCGCGGACGCUGCCGGGGCCAGCAAGCUCUACUCGGCGUCUGCCGAGGGCUGCGGCGGCAGCGGCAAGCUCUCCCUCUUCGGCGAGGACGAUGACGACGCGGGCCUCUUCCUCCGGCCCUCGCUGCAGCUGCCAACCGCGCACGACGGCGGCUUCACGGCGUCGGGGCCGGCCGAGUACCAGCAGCAGUCGCCGUCGUCGUUCCCGUUCCACUCGAGCUGGCCGUCGUCCGCGACGGAGCAGACCUGCAGCAGCUCCCAAUGGUGGGAAUUCGAGUCCCCGAGCGAGUAAGUAGAGCCAUCGGUCAAGCACCAUGCAAGGAAUCGCCGACGUGAUCGACCAUGCAACAGAUCAGUGUUCCUAACACAGAGCACUAUACUGCCGAUCGAAUCCGUGGAGAAGACGACGGCGCGAUCGAUCAUAUGCAACCGAAGAUGGUGGUGUCAAGUGUGUACAUAGCUCGAAACCCAGGUCUGUCCAGUCCAGUACGUCCAGGCAGCCUCUUCCUUCUCAAUCAGCAGUCAGCACGCCAUUUUUCUUCACCCUCUUCCUCUUUAAGAAUCACUUGCUCUUGUCAAUUACCUGCCACACCGUGUAAUCCACAGGGAAACUAGUCACAAAACCAAAUUAUAGAGACCGAUCUUCAGAUGCAA